CGCGCUCCCGCGGCCCUUUAAGUAGCGCGCACCCGCGGCGAACGGAGACCAGGACGAGGCGCCGCCGCCGGAGGUGAAGCUGCGCCGGACAUGGAGAUUCCUCGGAGAGUCCUUGUCCCCGUCGUGGGCAUGUUGGUGCUGGUCGCCUGCGCUCCGGCAGAGGCGUGGUACAAGCAGGCGUCCGGUCCGAUCUACUACUCGGUGGGCAGAGCGUCCGGCUUGUUGUCCGGGAUCCGCAGGUCACCGUACGUCACAAGGGCCGCGCUGGAGCCGCCGGACAGCGGGGAGUCGACGAGCAACAGCGUUCUUUCUGCUAUAAAUCCACUAUACGCUCUGUUGAAGACUACGCCUUUUUGCAUCAAACAGAUGACACCAAACCUGCAGCGGUGCAGGAUUCUCCCUGAAACCAAAGGCUCAUUCCUGUGCAAAGCCGACGUCCUCGUCUCUCUGGACUCGGACUGUGAGAGGAGCAGAGCAGCGAAGCUGGCGCCUGAACCCUGAAGGUGUAAAAUGUUGACAACGUUCCUUAUUCCUCCAGUUUAACGCUGAUGGUGGAAGAUGCACUACCUUCAUUUGCCAUUUUACUUAAAUGUGACUUCAUGAAACAAUGAAUGGAAACAAUGUGUAGAACUAUUAUUGCACAUAAUGGACCUGACCUUAAUAAACUGCAGCCACUUUACAAAUGAGUGUGAAAUAAAAUA